CCGUCAGCAGUGAGCUGUUUCCGGGUGAGUGUGGUGCCCUUGGUUGGUAGUGAUAGCUAUGGCGGCUCUGGUGAGGAUCGGCUCUGUGUGCCGCGGACCCGCUGUUCCCUCUUUGUUAUUCCGCAGUGCGCCUCUAAUCAGACCUUUGGCUGCACGUAAAAAGGACCAGGAUUAUCCUUACUUCUGCACAGCGAAGAUACAUGCCACACCUUCCAACUAUGCAGCUGCUGGGUCCAAAGCUGCCUCGCUGCACUGGACUGGAGAGCGAAUCGUGAGUAUAGCACUCCUUGGAUUGGGUCCUGUCGCCUAUUUCUAUCCAGGCCCUGUCAUGGACUACUCCUUGGCUGCAGUGCUCACUCUGCAUGGACACUGGGGGCUGGGUCAGGUUGUGACGGACUACGUUCACGGAGACGCUAAAAUCAAGUUGGCGAACACCGGCCUCUUCCUCCUGUCAGCCGUCACUUUCGCGGGUCUCUGCUACUUCAACUACCACGACGUGGGGAUCUGUAAAGCAGUGGCUCUUCUAUGGAGUAAAUAGCUGGACUGAUAUGGGGAUGUGGGGAAAGUGUUUCAGGUCCUGGACCUUCUGUCAUCAUGUUCCAGUUGAUUAUAUGUAAAUUCUAUAAAUAUAUAAUUUUGACAAGAUACCACAUUGAUUCACAAGUGUGUAUAAUUGCUGAUUCAGGUUUCUCAUGCUUGUGCUAAGACUGAGUAUCUUAUCUGGGGCGUCUGGGCGUCGACUGCAUGGCAACUAGGUGUGCUACAUCUCUUCAGAUGAUGAAAUAACUGUGUUAAAUAUUAUCACCAUAUUUCAUAUGGUUAACCUGCAACCAGGGACAAAUAUCAGUGUCUUGUUCUGUCUGUUCACAUCAACCUCAAGGUAUCUGUUUAGGUAUCUUUACUCACUGGCUUAUUUGUUUUUUAUUAGCUGAAAUGCCUUAAUAACCCCAGUUCAGCCGUAUUGAAGGAAUAUUGAAGGUUUUUUGUGAAUCGUUUUUAUUUGGGAGCAUUUGUGACGUAAUGGGAGGUAUUCUAAAGCAUUUAUAAAACAUGAGCUUUUUAGAGGACCAGAUUCCCACACUCUUCACUGCCAUUACAGCUCUGUAACUGGUGAUUUCAGCUUUCCUUAAUCCAUAGUUGCAUUUAAGGAAAAUUUCACUGUCAAUAUUUCAGCCUCAGAUAUAACCAAUGUUUGCAUGGCCUCAAUUUUUUAUUCAAAAUGGGCAUCUGGUAGUUUGUGAUUUGUCUUUAAUCUGUGGGCAGCACCUUGUAUGAUUUGCUAAAGUCUUUGUCUAACGUUUUUUUGGCUUUCUCUAUACACUUUACCCUUAAUAAUGAUUUAAAAGUUUAAAAACUGAACAUACACUCCUAAAAAUGCAGGUGCAUUUUUGAGCAGUGCAACAGAACCAUGUUAUUGGAGAUGUGUAAAAAUGGUAAGAACUAUUAUUUCAUAAAGUAAAGGUUCUUUAGACCUUUAAACACAUUUACAGACAUCGUUUUUUAGGAAAACAAACAUGGUUCUUCUAGAACAGAGGUUUCCUACAAGUCUCAGCCCAGAACCCAUAUUUUCUCAUGGUCCUUAAGUCUAUGUUCACAUUACCAGGCUGAAAUGACUAAACUCUGAUUUUUUGCUCAAUGUGGCUCAGAUCUCAGACCUUUUUUUUUUUCAUAGCUGUGUGAACGUGCCAAAUCAGAUUUUUUCAGAUCAGAUUUGAGUCACUUUUAUAUGUGGUCCUAAACCGGAUAUGUGUCUGAUCCAUGGACAUGCAACAUGAAUGUGAAAGGUAAAAUCUGAAUUCAUCUGAAUUUUUACUUUACGUGGCUUCUAAUGUGAAUGUCACGACCCACUUUUAAUGAAUACAAACCAAACUAAUGUAUUUUAUUUAAAUAGCCAUCAAAACCCAUUUAAACAUGCAUAAGCAUGCAAAGUGAAUCUAAGAGCAAUAAAAAAAAAUGAGUAGGAACUACGUGUAUAAAAGUUACUACAAUAAAAUAUCAAAACUGCACAAAAUAAAUAAGACCACAAAACUUUGCAUUCAAAGUACAUUAACAAGAAACUGAGGAGGGCCAUGCCAACUGCAAGUCUAAAGGUUUCUACAAUAAAUUUAAAUAUUAAAACUGCCUAAAAUAAAUAAGGCUACAAAACAAGAUGCUUUAGGUGAGACAGUUGGGCAUGAAUUUUGAUCAGAUCAGAGUUUCUGCGGUCUCUGACAGUAGAUCAUGUUCAGUGUUCACUGUUUAAACUGUUUCUCUGCUUUAAGAAAUAUAUAAUUCUCUGUACCAAAACCAGAUAAGCAUUAAUUAUUUAAGAAUAAUUAUUUUGAACCUGUGGCAACCCACCAGUUGAGAAUCGCUGUUCUAUAGCAUUGCUCAAAAACAGUUUAAAUGCACCUUAAUAUUAAAGUGUAAGUGAGUGCCCUCGAAUCAGGUUUUGUAUAAAACUUGUUUUUCUUGUCAAAUUCUGGUAAAAUGCUUCUAUAAAUUAUUCCAAAACUAAAAAAGGCGCUGCUUGCGAAUAUAACCUUCAUGAGGAAGAAGUGUGUUUGUAACGGCUCAGACGUGCUCACAAGUGUGAUGUCACUCUUAAGUGUUUUGAAUCUGCUCUGUCAGAUUUUAACGCACAAGCGCUAGCUUUGAGUAAAGUUAUUUGUCUUAAACUUCAACAGAAUAAAGCCAGUUUUACGGA